UGCCAUACACUCCAGCGGUUCUCCACACGACACACAAACACUGGCACGUUCGUCGUGAGUCAUGGCCGCCGAAAGGAACGGAUUUUUGCGAAAAUUCGGCUUCUCCUCGGCAGCUGCUACAGUUGCAGAAACAGUGACAUUUCCUUUGGACAUUACCAAGACUCGGCUGCAGAUACAGGGAGAGAGAGCAUCAAUGGUCGCCUCUUCAAGCACACAACCUGUAGCUUAUCGUGGGAUGAUCAAAACUGCUACUGGAAUUGUUGAAGAAGAAGGUCUUAAGAAUUUAUGGAAAGGAGUUACCCCUGCAAUAAUGAGGCAUGUCGUUUAUACUGGAUCUAGGAUGACUGUUUAUGAAUUCCUUCGUAAUAAUGUGCUAAAGAGAGAUCCUGAUGGGAGGUUUCCUUUAUGGAAGUCAGUAAUCAGUGGCAUGUCGGCGGGUGCACUGGGUCAAUUCAUAUCAAGUCCUACAGAUCUCGUCAAAGUUCAGAUGCAAAUGGAGGGUCGUAGGGUACUGAUAGAGAAACGCCCCCCUCGUGUCCGAGGCACAUUUCAUGCAUUCAGAAACAUUGUUGACAAGUAUGGGUUCCGUGGCUUAUGGAAAGGAUGGCUGCCAAAUGUACAGCGAGCUGCUUUGGUUAACAUGGGAGAUCUUACAACAUACGACACAGUAAAACAUAAUCUUUUGAAACAUACCCGUCUGGAGGAUAACUGGAUUGUGCACUCUAUGUCUAGUGUUUGUAGUGGUCUGGUUGCUGCCACCAUUAGCACCCCUGCUGACGUCAUCAAAACUCGUAUCAUGAAUAAUCCGUCAGGGUAUCAAGGCGCGGUCGAGUGCUUCAUGCUAGCUGUCCACCGCGAGGGCCUCUUAUCAUUAUACAAGGGCUGGCUCCCUACUUGGACACGUAUGGCCCCGUGGUCGCUGACCUUCUGGCUCUCGUACGAAGAGAUUCGCAAGCUGUGUGGACAGUCUGGUUUCUAACCGCGACCAUUCCAGCACAUUACCUUUUUCAAUGCACCUUCUCGCUGUGCGGGCUUGCUUUGGUGUUGAGUUUAUUGUUAGAAAUACGGGCCAAGCAAGGACCCCCCCCCCCCCCCAUCCACACUUUGAGGAAAUCGGGGUAAACACAAACCCGAAAUACGCCAAACUUAGCUAUAUUAGAGUGCCCACCAGGCGCUUAAGGCAUGUUUGUUUGGUUAGGGGGGGGGGGGGGGGGGGUGCGUAUAAAUAAAAAAAAGAGCAAUACACUGGAAUACUGGCUACCUGGGGUUGGGGUUGGGAAUUUCACGUUCUUUCAUUGAAUUGAUGUUAACAAAACAGUUAUAAACAAAUAUAUUGUAAUAUAGAUACAAAAUACUAUUUUGGUGAUAAAAACUGUUUACUGCUUCAAAUACAUGGACCGUUUUACAUGUUGAUUGAAUUUUCGACCGCUCAAAAAUUCGUACCGAUAACAAUGUUUACGCGUUACCGUGCAGAGGUUUCAAAGUGUUUACACGGGUCUGAUAUAAGUGUUCACUCGGGUCUGAUAUGAGUGUUCACUAGGGUCUGAUAUAAGUGUUCACUCGGGUCUGAUAUAAGUGUUCACUCGGGUCUGAUAUAAGUGUUCACUCGGGUCUGAUAUAAGUGUUCACUCGGGUCUGAUAUAAGUGUUCACUCGGGUCUGAUAUAAGUGUUCACUCGGGUCUGAUAUAAGUGUUCACUCGGGUCUGAUAUAAGUGUUCACUCGGGUCUGAUAUAAGUGUUCACUCGGGUCUGAUAUAAGUGUAAUUGUCCACACGGGUCUGAUGUAAGUGUAAUUGUUUACACGGGUCUGAUGUAAGUGUUCACUCGGGUCUGAUAUAAGUGUUCACUCGGGUCUGAUAUAAGUGUAAUUGUCCACACGGGUCUGAUGUAAGUGUAAUUGUUUACAAGAGUCUGAUGUAACUGUUUACACGGGUCUGAUAUAAGUGUUCACUCGGGUCUGAUAUAAGUGUUCACUCGGGUCUGAUAUAAGUGUUUACACGGGUCUGAUAUGAGUGUUCACCCGGGUCUGAUAUAAGUGUAAUUGUCCACACGGGUCUGAUGUAAGUGUAAUUGUUUACAAGAGUCUGAUGUAACUGUUUACACGGGUCUGAUAUAAGUGUUCACUCGGGUCUGAUAUAAGUGUUCACUCGGGUCUGAUAUAAGUGUUUACACGGGUCUGAUAUGAGUGUUCACACGGGUCUGAUAUAAGUGUAAUUGUCCACACGGGUCUGAUGUAAGUGUAAUUGUUUACAAGAGUCUGAUGUAAGUGUUAACACGGGUCUUUCGUCCAGCUAGGGAAGCCCCCCUGCUGGAGGACCUGUGAGCGGAACGAACUUUUAAAAACUAGGAACCGUGUGGAAGUACGCUGUCAAGUUGCUAGAACGCAGGCUAGUAAAAUGAAAUAUUUCAAAUUUGUGAUUCGGGAUUCCUGUGGCGAGGAAGAGGAAUCACGAAUCUCAUGAGAGCAGGCUAAAUUUGGGCAAAAAAUUCUUACUCUUAUGGGAAUCAAGCAUUAAUUAGGAUUUCAAACAGGUUAUUGGAUUAAUAAAACGUUUGCAAAUGA